UGGUAAAAGCCUAGAUGAUAUCAUUGCAAAAUCCUCAGGAGGAAAGAGCACCUUUUAACCGCACCAAGGAAAUUUACCAAGGUUCUAGUCGUCCUGGUAGCAAAGAUGAGGAGGGAAGGUGUGGAAGUCUACCACUAUUUAGACGACCUUCUCAUUGUGGCGAGAGAAAGAUCUACCCUCCUGCAUCAUGUAGCCUUGGUCAGGAAUACACUGACCCGCUUCGGGUGGUUAGUGAACGAAGCCAAGAGUCAACCGGAGCCCUCUCAGACAAUUAUUUAUCUGGGGGCACUUUUCAACACCAGGAUAGGUAUGGUGUCCUUGCCUCAACAGAAGAUCCUGAUGCUAUCGAGGAGAGCAGAGCAGUUGAUGUUUACUUCAGUCCUGUCGGCCAGAGAAUACAUGGCUUUUUUGGGUCUCCUAACAUCCACCUUGGGUCUUGUGAAAUGGGCAAGGUGGAGAAUGAGACCGUUUCAAAGUUUUUUCCUCUCUCACUGGAAUCGUUAUCUUCAGGAUUGGUCUCAGAUGAUUCCCCUGUCUUGGAAGGUGAAGAGACAUCUCUUAUGGUGGCAGAGUCCCAGCAACCUUCGCAGAGGGUAUCCCCUGGCCGAGCCCGAAUGGGUGGAAGUCUUCACAGAUGCCUCGGGUCAGGGUUGGGGAGCGCAUGUAGAAGAGAUGGCGAUUCAGGGUCAGUGGAGGUCGGACUUGUCUCAUCUCCCAUCCAACGUCUUGGAGUUGAGAGCGAUUCGGGAAGCCUUGGAAGUCCUCAGACCAGUCCUAUCAGGGACUUCGGUGAAAAUAAGAUCGGACAAUAUGUCAGCAGUGUCCUACAUAAGAAAGCAAGGGGGAACAGGCAGCAGCAGAUUGAUGAGGGAAGUCAGUCCUAUCAUGAAUUGGGCUCAGAGCAAUUUGUUGGAGAUAACAGCAGUUCAUAUUCCGGGGGACAAGAAUUAUCAGGCGGAUGCCUUAAGCAGAACCUUGUUCCAGAGAGGAGAAUGGGAGCUCAAAACAAGCAUCUUCCAAUGGAUAACCUCUCUGUGGGGCCUUCCCCAUAUAGACCUCAUGGCUUCGGAGAAGAACUACAAGAUCAAACAUUUUUUCUCCAGAGUCCCAUCAGCUCGAGCAGUGGGAAUCGAUGCCUUUUCCCAGAACUGGCGGAACCUCUGGGCUUACAUCUUCCCUCCAUUCCCGAUCAUCUUCAAAGUUCUGAGGAAGAUUCUUGUCUCUCACAUGGACGUGAUAGCCAUAAUUCCAGAUUGGCCACGCAGGCCAUGGUAUCCCCUCCUCAGACGAUUAUGCAUUUGUCAACCCCUGAGAUUGCCUUUGAUGGAGGAUCUCUUAAUGCAGGGCCCGUUUCUUCAUCCGAAUCUCAGCAGUCUCAAUCUUGCGGCAUGGAGGUUGAGAAGUCCAGACUUAGGCGACGGGGAUGCUCUGACCAAGUGAUUAAUACUCUGUUGAAGGCCAGGAGGCCUGGAACGUCUAAUACUUACCAUAGAAUAUGGCAGCGGUUCGUUUCCUGGGCCAGAGAGAAGAAUCUUGAUCCUUUGCAACCUUCUACACCCAUGAUUCUGGAGUUUCUGCAAGCAGGCUUAGAUUACGGGCUAAGUUUAAGUUCCUUAAAAGUACAGAUCUCUGCCUUGUCUGCAGUGUUAGGAGAAAGGUGGGCUGAAGACCCCUUGAUAGAGCAAUUUUUCAAAGCCGUUUUGAGAGUGAAACCUCCUGUAAAGAAAUCCUCUCCACCUUGGGAUUUGCCGUUGGUCCUUCAGGCUCUUUCAGCUGCUCCUUUUGAACCCAUUGAUCAGAUUCCUCUCUGGUGGUUAUCCCUCAAGACGGUGUUCUUGGUGGCCGUGACUUCAGCAAGAAGAGUUGGGGAGCUGCAAGCUCUGUCUGUAGAUCAACCCUAUACCAUUUUUCAUGAAGAAAAAGUUGUGUUAAGAACUGUUCCGUCCUUCUUGCCUAAAGUCCUCUCAAGAUUCCAUGUUAAUGAACCUAUUAUUUUACCAACCUUACCUGUUGAGAAUGGGCAGAGUUCCUUGGAUGUUAGGAGAUGUCUUCAGGUCUACAUCGACAGGACAAAGUCCUUAAGAAAGUCUCAGAGACUCUUCGUGGUACCGGCAGGGUCAAGAAAAGGAGAAGCGGCAGCAAAGUCUACUUUGAGCAGUUGGAUUGUUAAAACCAUCCUUCAAGCCUACAAGGAACAGGGCAGGUCAUCUCCUAGAGCGGUGCGAGCUCACUCAACCAGAAGUAUUGCAGCCUUUUGGGCAGUGGAGGCAGGAGUUUCGCUUUAAACUAAGACGAAGGAGACCGGUGUUGGGGAGGUACUUAUGCUGAUUGGGGGCGUGGUUGUUUUCUUCUGCUGUAGCUGACAGAGGAGUGCAUACCCGUGUGUUUUGACAUGCUGCCGUGGGGAUGACCAGGAAAGGAAAAUUACGGUAAGUAUGAAACAAUUUUCCCCUUUUCUUACAAGAUUUUUGUAAUAUUGUAAUUACAUUAAAUGCACAUUGAAGACAUAAAAAUAAAAGAAAGAAGUGUAUUCAGUUCUCACUAACCAUUUCUUUUGCUUAGAGGGGACAUAGAGCAUAAGUUGGAUAUUCCACCAGCCUUGUAGGAAGGUUUUUUGCCAGGUCCCUAGGGGACUUGAGGAUCGCAGGAUGACUCCGAGGUAUUCAUCAUCCGGGGGUGAGGAGAUAGUCGCUUAGGUUUAAGUCCUUCAUUUACUGUGCAGCCCAGGGUUGCCCUAAACUAAUAUGGCAGCGGAUGAGCGGCUAAGAGUUGGUGCGAGUUAUCAGGGUGGCUUCGGAUGUUGUCACGUGUGUGCGUAAGAAAUCACACAGAUGCCUGAUAUCCAUGAUCCUCCUCCCUCCAAAAGAUAUAAGAAGUCUAAACAUAAGCAAUGCAGAGAAUGUGAACUACCAUUACCAGAUUACUAUGGCAAAAGGUUGUGCAUAUCACAUCUGGCUUGGAAGGAACCUGCUGUAUUACCAGAGCAAUGCAAGAGAUGUUUAACCAAUUACACACUGAGCCUGCUGCAUCAUCUGGAUCCACAAUUAUGCAUUCUCCUGAAGACGUUCAAAAUGGAGGCUGUCAAGUCUGUGAUAGAGAUCCUAGAUCGGGGAGAAUUCAUGGCUUCUUUGGAUUUGAAAGACACAUAUCUCUAUGUAACCUUAUGUCAAAACCACAGGAAGUUUCUAUGCGUUGCAGUACAAAGGAGUUAUUCCAAUGGUUAACACUUUCAACUGAUAAUGGUGAAUAACAACUGCACCUCAGGUAUUCACCAAGAUUGUGGUUUCCAUUGCUGCUGUGUUGAGGGAAAAAGGAAUUACAGUCAUCCCUUACCUAGACAACUGGGUAAUAAUGGCAGUAUCAGCAUCCCUGUUAAAGAAGCAUCUGAACAAAACCAUUUCUCUUCUCUAGUAUCUGGGUUUGAUUAUAAAUAAAGACCAAUCUGUCCUGUCCCCUCCAUAAUAGCCAAGUUUCUAGGCUUCAUAAUCAAUUCAACAGAGAUGAAGAUUUGUCUACCUCAGGACAAAAUCUACAGGAUUAUGUAUGUCACCCAGGGGAUAACCCAAAACCCCUUUGCACAUUCAGAGAAUUAAUGAAGGUGUUGGGACUUCAUCCCUAAAAGUAGUUCCUUGGGCUUGUUUUCACAUGAGACCCCUGCAGUCAGCAAUGCUGAUGAAAUGGGAUCAGAUAAUUUCCUUCUUAAACAUGAGGGUCUGCAUCAGCAGGGAGACAAGAAUCUCUCCCGGGGUCGAAUUCUUCAGCAGUCAACAGAUGCUUCUCAGUUGGGCUGGGGAGCCCAUUUCAACCAGUUAACAUUUCAAGGCAUGUGGAUUCUGAUGGAGAGCUCUAUGUCUUCAAAUUUUUGGGAGCUGAGAGCUGUGUAUAGAGUGAUCUUGGAGUUUCAACAUCUUCUGAAGGGGAAAAGUCUAAAGAUUUAUAUAUAGCUUAUAUAAACAAACAGGGAGGAACCAAAGCUCCUAUAUUAAAUCAUGAAGUUUUCAAAAUUUUUACAUAGGCAGAAAUUCAGUUUCUGUAUUUAAUGGCAGUGCAUAAAGGAGGGGAAGACAACCGUUUGGCAGACCAUCUUAGCCGGAAGUUGAUCAACCCCGGAAAAUUCAACUAACGAAUUUUCAAGGAAAUUACAGAGCAAUGGGGAGUCCCUUCUAUAGAUCUGAUGGUGACCAGCAAGAACCUGGAGUAUCUGGAAGAUCUUCAGAGGCUGGUAUAGCAGACAGCAGUUUUCAUCUACGGAACCAAACAUUUUUGCUAAAGGGCUGGCUGUCAAUACUAUCAAAGUACAGAUUUCAGUGCUGUCAGCUUUAUUUAAUAAUUCUUAUCUUCACUUACCAUUAUUAGAAGAUUUAUUUAAGCAAUCUCUAAGAUCCGACCUAGGAUUCUUAAGCCUCCUCCUUCGUGGGACUUACCCUUGGUUCUCAACAAGCUAUGUGAGAUUCCAUAUGAACUUAUAGAAGACUGUUAGCGGAUGUGAUAGCAACCAAGAGAAACACUUCAUCUAAGAGUUGGGGAACUUCAGGCAUUAUCAGUUAUAGAACCUUAUUUAACUUUCCUUGUGGACAGAUUGUUUCUUAGAACACUUCCAAGUUUCAGACCAAAAGUGACUACUUUUUCCAAUGUUAACCAGGAAAUUGUCUUACCAUAUCUUCAGGAGACCCAAGAAGAGAACAGCAAUCUACACCUUUGAAAGUAGGCAGAAUUCUCAAAAUUUAUGUUGAAUUUUCUGAAAAAAAUAGGAAGAUGGAGAACCUAUUUAUUAGCUUUGCAGGGAAGAACAAAGGGAUGAAGGUUUCUAAACCAUCCUUAGCCUGCUGGAUUAAAGAGAGAAUUCAGAUAUUUAUGGGUGUGGUUGUGUAACCCUUGUGUUGUUUUUCCACUUGUCCUACUCAGCAGGGGAGACUGAAUAAACCCAAUCGAAUUGUUUUGCACAAUGAGAUUUAUUCAAUGUUAAGUAAGUAGAUUUAAGUUACAGAAAGACCUCUUUUUCAGAAAGCCCCAGGUCCAGAGCAUUCUAAAGAACUGGCCCCAUACCUGUAUAUGAAUUCUAGUUCUUCCUAGUCAAGUUCUGGCCAUGUAGCAUGUAGCUAAACACAGAUUAGAUCCCUUCUUCGAUGAGACUGCUGACUGUGAGAGCACAGAGCACCAGGAUAGCUAACUUUAACAAAAAUAACCUAACUUUAGCAAAUAAAUGAAAAAGUGUUCAUGAUAUGAAAAUCAGUAGAACCUUAUGCAAUUCAUGGUAUCACUUCCUCAGAAGCAAGUUAAAAACCCAGCACCUGUAUAACAAAUCCAUUCAUGUAUACCAUAUAGUGAUCGCUGCAAAAUUAUGCAUUUUACCAUUGUCAAUUUUUUUUUACGAAACUGCCUCAAAAUUUUGC